AUGAUUUUUGGAUUUGGUUUUCAUCCUGUUACCAAAGAAUACAAGGUGAUCAAGAUCAUAAAUUGUGGCAAUAUGUAUUAUAAUGACCACUGGCGCUAUCGUAGAUUCCGGGUUCCCUACACUGGUAAAUCAGAUAUUCAAGUACUUAGUCUUGGUAGCAACAGAUGGAGAAGUAUAGGAGAAUUUGAUUACCGUAUUGAUCCAAGUUCUCAAGGAAUUAUGUUAUAUGGAAAGAUGCAUUGUGAUUUUGAUUUAAACCCAAGAAUUGGCAACUUUCAUCUAGCAGUUGUUGAAGAUUGUCUUGCCAUUGCUCUAACUUUGCCUCGCCAAAAUGGCCGAGGAAUAGAAAUUUGGGUAAUGAAAGAAUACAAUGUGAAAGAGUCAUGGGUGAAGUAUACAAUUGGGGCUCAUACACCAACUCAAAAUUUCGUCACUCAACAUUUGCAACCAUUGGUGAAAGUUCUAUGCAUGUUAAAGAAUGGAGAGCUAUUGCUUGAGUACAAAGGUGGAAAUUUGGUUUCAUAUGAUCCUCAAAAUGGUGUCUUUAGGACGCUAAAGUUUCAGGGGAUGCCUAAUUUAUUUCAGACAUUUGCUCAUGUGGGUUGCCUUAAUUGGAUUGAUACCCCACCAAUAGAUCUUUUACAAAAUUAG